AUGACUCCUAAACUAUCCCAUGCCAACCCAUUGGCCUUCACCCCCUGGCCCGUCACCCUCCUCACAGCAGCCAUCUACCUCGCCUUCGCAAUCCCCUUGCUCGUCAUCCACCACGUCGUGCCGCCAGCGCCGACCUCCAGCGCCACUCCGCACGGCCUGAACUUAACAGAAGCAUGGACGGAUCUGCAAUUGUUGACGGAUGGCUUCCGGCCGUAUAAUUCGCACCAGAAUGAUUUGGUUAGGGGGUGGUUGUUAACACGGAUUGGGGAGAUAACAGCGACUGCAUCACCGUCUGAGAAUGAUGGAGCUGUGGAUGCAGAGGAAGAAGGGGAGGGGAGGCCUGAGGUCAUUGUGUUCAAUGAUUUACAGUCGAACCUCACGUUUGCGGGGAGUGUGCUGGGCUCCACUGGCUUGGGUGUCUACUUUGAAGGGACGAACAUCAUGGUUUAUAUCCGGGGAUCUGAGGAUGAGAAGGGUGCUUUCUGGGAGCAUAGUGACUUCGAACCCGAGAAGGGGGGUGUGCUUGUGAACGCGCACUACGAUAGUGUGUCUACAGGGUAUGGCGCGACGGAUGAUGGAGUCGGCGUUGUGACUUGUUUACAACUACUGCGGUAUUUCACGACCCCGGGGCAUGCGCCGCGCCAUGGGCUUGUGGUGUUGUUUAAUAACGGCGAAGAGGAUUUUCUGAACGGUGCACGGGUGUACAGUCAGCAUCCGAUCUCGAAGUUCACGAGGACAUUCCUCAACCUUGAAGGUGCGGGCGCGGGAGGUCGCGCGACGCUGUUUCGGAGCUCGGAUACAGAAAUCACGCAUUCGUAUGCGCAAUCGGAGCAUCCGUUCGGAUCGAUUCUCAGCGCGAAUGGGUUUGAGACGGGGCUGAUACGCAGUCAGACGGAUUAUGUGGUAUUUGAGGGGGAUAUGGGACUGCGCGGCCUGGAUGUUGCGUUUAUGGAGCCCAGGGCGAGAUAUCAUACCGACCAGGAUGAUCCGAAACAUACGAGUUUGGAUUCGCUGUGGCAUAUGCUUUCUGCGGCGGUUGCAACGACAGAGACGCUUGUUUCUGAGGACAGUGGACCAAAGUCCGAGUCUGGGUCUCGGGCGGUUUGGUUUGAUAUGUUCGGGAGCGCGUUUGUGGUGUUUCGAUUGCAUACGCUUUUCGCUUUGAGUGUGACGCUGCUUAUCGUUGCGCCGUUGACGCUUCUCGCUACGAGUAUUGCACUUGUGAAUGUUGAUCGGAUGUAUCUGUUUCGAUCGCAGGCGCUGGGCAACGGUAUCUCGCUGGGUGGUGCUCGGGGCUUCUUCCGGUUUCCAUUCCUAGUCGGUGUUCCGACGGCUGUGGCUAUUGGGCUGGCGUAUCUGGUUACCAAGAUCAACCCGUAUAUCGUGCACAGCAGCCCGUAUGCUGUGUGGGCGAUGAUGGUGUCUGCGUGGAUAUUUCUCUCGUGGUUCGUCUCGCGGGUUGCUGAUUUCGCGCGGCCGUCUGCUUUUCAUCGCGUGCAUACACUUACCUGGUUGUUUGUGGCUACGUGGGCGAUGUUGGUUGCUGCGACGGUGUAUGAGAACCAGAGGGGUUUGGCGGGGGGAUAUUUUGUCUUCUUUUAUUUUGUGGGUGUGUUCCUGGCUACGUGGAUAAGCUAUCUGGAGAUGUUUUCCCUGCCGCGGAAAGCAGAGUAUUUGAGUCGUUUUGUUGCGCCUUUGCCGUCGCAGCCGUCGUCGUCGUCGAGGAGGGCUAGUAGCUAUAGCUAUGGGACGAAUAGUCGAUUGAAUACGGCUACUGCAGACGAGGUCUACAACCACAUUGAGGAGACUGAGGGCGAUGAGGCGGAAGAACCUCCUUCUGAAUCGACGUCCCUACUGCGUGGUGGUCGCGGUAGCAGUGGAGGCCCCAGGACCACAUUUGCGAAUUACACACGGGUAGCAUCGAUUAGCCACAGCCUGUCUUCCGAUGACACAAACGAUUCGGGGGUAUUUGGCUACGAACAACCUUGGAGUUCUUAUCUCCCGAAAUGGACCUGGAUUCCGCAGUUCCUCCUCAUCGCGCCUAUCGUUCUCAUGAUGACCGGUCCGCUAGCACUGCUACUUACGACGGCACUUCAUCAAACCAGUCAAGACGGUAGUCCUGCACUGUUCAUAUACAUCAGCAUCGCGGGCCUAACAGCUCUUCUAUUCUCGCCACUAGUCCCGUUCAUCCAUCGGUACACGCAUCACAUUCCUCUCUUCAUGCUCUGCAUCUUCAUCGGCACAUUGAUAUACAACCUCGUCGCAUUUCCCUUCUCAGAGUCGAACAGAUUGAAACUAUUCUUCAUCCAGGAAGUUGAUCUCAACACUGGGGUGAAUCGCGCAAGUCUAACAGGCAUCAUGCCCUUUGUCCACGACGUCGCCAACGACCUACCCAGCGUCAGCGCCGCAGACAAAGAUGUAACAUGCGCUCCAUUCGGGGACCGCGUGAAGUGCUCAUACCCCGGUCUUUUCCCACACGUCACCAGCACCAAUACCAACAACACCAAAUAUCAAGACUGGCUCUCCUACAACAUCACUCGCUCGACCCAGGAAGAGAAGGUGCAAUUUCGCAUAACUGGCCAAAAUACCCGCGCCUGCAAACUCGUCUUCAACGAAGAUACCCCAAUCCCAGACUACCACGUACACGGCUCUGCGUACGACGAAGAGCGCUUCCCGCAUGUAUCGCUUGGCGACGAUGGUAAUCCUUUGGGGACUAGGGAGAUCCGGCUUUGGAGUCGUUUGUGGGAUGGGGAGUGGGUUGUUGACGUUGACCUCCCCACUGCUACCAAGCGUGAUACUAGUACUGCCAACGGCAUUGAUGAUGAAAGUGAAGGCAGGGUGAAAGGGCGGGUGGUGUGCAUGUGGAGCGACCAGAAUACAAUCGGAAGUAUACCCGCGCUGGAUGAGGUGAGACGGUAUGCGCCUGCUUGGGCGGGGGUCAGUAAGUUGGCUGAUGGGCUUGUGGAAGGGUAUAAGCCUUUUGAGAUCUGA